GUUGCCUACUAUCUUGACAAUUGGCCGGGUUGCUGCAGUUCCGCUUCUCGUAAGCACCUUCUAUGUGGAUAGCUGGUGGGGACCAGCAACCACAACUGCUAUCUUCAUUGCCGCAGCAAUUACUGAUUGGCUUGAUGGUUAUAUUGCUCGGAAGCUGAAUUUGGGGACUGCGUUUGGUGCAUUCUUAGACCCAGUCGCUGAUAAGCUAAUGGUUGCUGCGACCUUGGUCUUAUUGUGUACCAGACCUUUGGAAGCUAGUUUUUUUGGACAGUUUCCAUGGUUGCUAGCUGUUCCUUCAAUAGCUAUUAUUGGUAGAGAGAUUACAAUGUCUGCUGUUAGGGAAUGGGCAGCCUCUCAAGGCAGCAAGCUCUCAGAGGCUGUUGCUGUGAAUAGCUUGGGAAAGUGGAAAACUGCCACACAGAUGACUGCAUUAACCAUCCUCCUUGCCGCGAGAGAUAGCAGUCUAGUUGAAGCAGGAACACUUGCAAGCUCUGGUGUGAUUUUGCUCUAUAUCUCAGCAUGGCUUGCCGUUUGGUCCUUAAUUGUGUAUAUGAAGAAGAUAUGGAAAGUUUUGUUACUAUAGGUGUAUUGAUAUAUACACUCAUUCAAAUUGCCAUACCUCAUCGCAUACUGAAAGCAGUGUAACUUUCAUUCAAAUUGCCAUAUCUCAGCACAGGGGACUUUCUUCUCCGUUUGUCCAAAAUAUGGAUAAGUUAUUAGCUGAGGUAACUUGCUUGUGUACCAUACAGCUGGGGGAAUACACGAGCUUUCUCCGGCUCCAUUGCUAGCAAUCCUUGAAGCCAUUUUUUUUUAGAAUGGGGAAGUAUUUUUGUACUCAUUAUUUUUUGUAAUUUUUUGGUAAUCUAUAGUAGUUAUUCUGUAACCUUCUGUCCAUGAAAUGUUACAUCCUAUAUGUGUUAGAGAUAUUUAGGACAGCCUCAACUAGAAUAUGUGUGGGAAACAGCAAACUCAAAUAAUCCUUGCCUUGUCUCGUAUCAGUAAUUUGGAUGGAUAUACAAAUAUAUUUAU